AUGGAGCCCUGCCAACCUCUGCCUCUGCUCCUGCUCCUGCAGCUGCUCGGCCAGGCAGGGGCGGACGGCCUGUCGGUGAGCCGGAGCCCGGUAGAGGUCCUGAGCGGGAGAGCGGUGACCCUGCGGGUCUCCCUGAGCCCGCCGCAGCCCUUUCCCCUCCUCGUGUGGCGCCGCAACGGGACGGCGCUGGUCACCGGCUCGCUGGACCCCGGGGCGCCCCCGCCCCUCCUGGCCCCCGCCUUCCAGCCCCGGCUCCGCUUCAACCGCUCCGACGGGACCCUGGAGCUCAGCCAGGCCAGUCCCUCCGACUCCGGGGUCUACACCGUCGAGGCCAUCCGAGUGGGGCGGGACGCGCUGCAGGCCCAGGUGGAGGUCUUCGUCUACGAGCCGGUGGGGAACGUGAGCGUGAGCCCCGCGGCCCCGGAGGCCGAGGAGGGGGGCGCGCCGGUGACCCUGCGCUGCGGGCCCCAGCGGGGACGGCUCAGCUGGAGCCGGGACGGAGGAAGGGCGCUGGCCGGGGACCCGCAAGUCCGGCUGGCCGGAGCCUCGCUCUCCAUCGGCCGUCCCGACCGCUCCCACCAAGGCAACUACACCUGCCGCGUCUCCAACCCCUUCGGCCACGGGGCCCGGACCGUCCCGCUGACCGUCUACUAUGGUCCGGACCCUCCCCGCAUCACCAUCUCCUCGGACCGUGACGCCGAUCCGGGCCGCUACGUGACCGUGGGCAGCAACGUGACCCUGGGCUGCGUGGCCCCGGCCCGGCCCCCAGCCCUGCUGGCCUGGAGCCUGGCUGACCCCGGCCAGCGGGCAGUGCCUUCCGGCCCCAGCCUCCUCCUGCCCCGGGUCACCGCCGCCCACGCCGGGCCCUACGCCUGUUUGGCCACCAAUCCUCGCACCCAGCGUAGCCUCCGGGCCGUGGCCAACCUCACUGUGGCCGAGCCGCCCCUUGGGGUCCCGCGCUGUGCAAUGGAAGGGGGUCCCGGGGAGCGGAGCCUGCGGUUUCUGUGCACGUGGCCGGGGGGGACCCCAGCCCCUUCCCUGCAGUUUGUGGGGCUCCCGGGGGGGCCGAGACCCCCAGGCCGCUCCCCGUUGGAAGUGACCGUCCCUGCGCAGCCCCAGCUCAGCGGCCUCUCGGUCACCUGCCUCGCCCACCACCUGACCGCUUCGAAGAACUGCACCAUGACCCCAGAGGCCCCGCAGGCUGUGCUGCUGAAGGUAUCGGUGGAAGAGAGUACCCAGGGCAGGGCGACGGUGACCCUCUUGGCCACCGGCUGCCCUCCUCCCGCCAGGGCCAUGUGGGCCCGCGAGGGGCGACCCCUAGCCCCUGGGGCCGGAGGAAGGCUGGAGCUGAGGGGGGACGGGCGGCAGCUGCUCAUCCACAACUUCAGCCUCAUCCACGACCUGGGCAACUACUCGGUGCUGUGCAGCGGAGUCCUGGGCGCCGGGGGUGACCGGAUCACGCUGACCGGUCCCUCCAUCUUAUCGUGGCGACUGCAGCGGGUGCAGGAAGCGGUGGUGCUGACGUGGGACGUGGACCGGGGGGCCGUACUGAGUGGCUUCCAGGUGCAGGCCCGGACGGCGGCCGGAUCAGCAAAGGCCUCUGGGACUGGGCACUGGCACUCCCUGCUGGUCCUGGGCCCUGGGGAGCGGUCAGCUGUGGUGCCCGUCCCCUCCCAGACGGGGGGACCCUGGGACCUCCGGAUCCUCCCCACCCUGGGGACCCAGCCCGGCAUCCCCUCCACCACCAAGACCUAUCAGGCAGGUCCCAUCCUUGGCCCCGGCGCCAUCGCUGGCAUCGUGCUGGGCUCCUUACUGGCCUUUGGCCUCCUCGCCACGUUCCUCGGCCUUCUCAUCUGCUGCCUCUGCCGGAGGAAGGGCAAGAGUGACAAGGAGCCAUUGACCCUGGCACCCAUCCCCCCGGUCGUCUCAGACCCCUCAACCCCUACAAAGAAGACCCAGAGCGUGACCCCCGUCCGGGCUCCCCAGGCCCCACCCCCGCCUCUGCCCCCCGUGGACACCACCGUCCUUUCCGCCUACUCUCAGGAUCCCCGCCGAACCCCCAUCGUGCUCCGGAGCCCCACACUCACAGUCCGAGCGGCCACGCAGGUGUGAGCGGGGAAGGCGAAGCAGAAUUUUGGGGGCUCCAUACCCCAUGGCCCAGGGGUGGGGACACGCCCCAAGCCAGAUGCCCCCUACUGGACCUGGGCCCCAGAGAGCAGGUGGCCACGGUGCCUGCUUUCCGUGGGCCACCCGGAGCCACAUUCAUCUCCAAGCGGGCUAGGACCAGGACUUCCGGUCUUGGAGCGGGGAAGGAGAACUUUCCAUCCUGAAACCGAGGAGUGGGACUUCCUGACCUUGCCCGGUCAAGGCCUAGGACCAUGGGAUUUGCACAUUCGAAGGGCGGUACUUCCUGGCUCCUCCACCCAGGGGAGGGGCAGGAGGUCUGAGCCUUGAACAGAUGAAGGACCGGAUUUCUUUCUGCCACCCACAGCGGGGGCCUGACUUCUCUUCGACAGGUGGUGGGAGUGGGAUUCAAGUGGACAGAGUUUAACGGGGCGGUGAGC